AUGCACGUUUCACUACUGACUACUGAUUUAACCGUUACCCAAAAACAGUACCAAGAAAAAACAAUUGCCUAUCAACGCGAGAUUGCGCGUCAAGUACGAGUUUCACACGGACGAUAUCUGAGUAUGAGUUUCCGUUCGUGGGAUCUGUACGAGUAUCCUCUAUUGCCGAGCACGACGAAGCACUCGUGGGCUAUCAAGACUGCGAUUCAGCUCGAAAAGCCGCGAUACGUCAUCUUUGCUCUGCAAACUAAUAAAAAAAACAACAUGUCAGCACAUAAAACUUUCCUCGACAGUUGUAAAUUAACCAACGUGAAACUCUAUCUGAAUUCUGAAUUUUUUCCAUACGAUGAUCUAAAUCUAGACUUUGACAAAAACAGAACCGCCAUUUUGUACGAUAUGUUCGUACGCUUCCGUACAUCUUACUAUCAAAUCCUCCGCGAAAGAAGUGAAACGUUAUUCAAGACAGAUGCUUUUAGGAAUAUGUCUUCUAUGGUAAUCAUUGACUGCUCUCGACAAAACGAGUCCGUCAAAAGUGGCACCGUGGAUGUGCGUUUAGAAUUUGAAUUCAAAGAGAAUGUACCCGCGAAUACUACUGCCUAUUGUCUUAUCAUACACGAUCGCGUGAUCGAAUACAGCCCAUUCAUAUAUUAUAUUAGAUAA